AUGAAGCAUGUGAUUCUCGUUUGUGGUAAUUGGAUCUUUGACAACAACAAAUGGUUGUUUGUUGUUGAUAAUGAAAGGCGUUCACGAAUUCUUCAAUGUAACGAUCAAAGCAAAUUUGAUGAUUGCAUUGAAAUGGUAUAUGAGGAUUACAGGCUGGAUAACAAGGUAUUUGAUGUUGUCUUGAGUUACAAGAUCUCGAAGAGGUUAUUGCAGGAUUUACCCAGUGAUACACCACCAGUUAUUAUCGAUAAUUCUCGUCAGUUGCACACUUUUCUGGGACAAUUGGAAACGGUUACAGGUCGACUUUGUGUUGAAGUGAAGAAGAAAAUACAGACUAAUUUGAAUCACAAAGAGCGUUCUACACGUGCUCGACAAGCAGAUCAUCAUAUUCUAGGAGAGUUGUACAAAGAUUUUGUUGGUGGAGUUGGUCCCAAGGUACUGCCAAUGCAUGUUGCUGAAGCGUUAAAUAAACGCUUUCAAAUCAAGAUGGAUUAUUGGAAAGCAUAUCGAACGUUAAGGCAUGCUCGCGAGUUGGUCAGGGGUAGUCCAGAGAGUGGUUAUGAGCAGCUUCCUACAUAUUUGUAUAUGAUAAAAAGGGCAAAUCCUGGAACUUUUACACAGCUUGAUGUUGAUGAAGCUCAAAGAUUUAAGUACUGUUUUCUAGCAUUUGGUGCAAGCAUACAGGGAUUUCCGUUUUUGAGGAAAGUGGUUGUUGUGGAUGGUACUUUUUUACAGGGAAAAUACUUAGGGACACUACUGACAGCAACAGCUCAAGAUGGCAAUUUUCAGAUUUUUCCAAUUGCUUUCGCCGUGGUUGAUACAGAGAAUGAUGAAUCAUGGGAAUGGUUUUUCAAGCAACUCAGCUGUGUGAUACCUGAUGAUGAAAGUCUUUCCAUUAUUUCUGAUAGGCACAAAUCAAUUGGGAAAGCUAUUAAAAAGGUUUAUCCGAAGUCUAGUAGGGGAAUAUGCACAUACCAUAUGUACAAGAAUAUUUUGGUUCGGUUUAAAGGUCGAGCAGAAUUUGCUUUGGUUAAAAAGGCGGCAAAUGCUUUUAGACUUAUCGACUUUCAAACCACAUUUGAUCAGAUAGAAGCCAUGAAUCCAGCACUACAUGAGUACCUCGUAAGGGCUGAUGUGCGUAUGUGGACUCGUGUACAUUUCCCAGGUGAUAGGUACAACUUGCUUACAAGCAACAUUGCAGAAUCAAUGAAUAAGGUCAUGUCACAUGCUAGGAGCUUUCCUAUUGUACAACUAUUGGAAGAAAUAAGGUCCAUGAUGACUAGGUGGUUUUCAGAUAGAAGGACUGAUGCAUUGAAGAUGACAACAGACUUGACUCGUGGUGUAGAGAAAAUUCUCCAGGGUCGUGUGGACUAUGCUAAGUUACUUACUGUCCAAGAUAUCGAUGCACACCAAGUACAAGUAACAAGUGGAACAUCUCUGCAUGUUGUCAAUUUGAAAGAUAAAAAGUGUACGUGUCGCAGGUUUGACUUGGAGAAACUCCCUUGUGCACAUGCAAUUGCGGCCGGUGAAUUCAGAAACAUUUCUCGCAUUUCAAUGAGUCAUCCUUAUUAUCGGAAACACUACGUUUACACUUCCUACGAGAAUGCCAUCAUGCCAAGGGAGCUUGAUAAAUCUGUUCCUGGACAUGUGAUAACGAAGGUAUGUAGACCACCGAUUCCAAAACAACAACCAGGUAGACCAAAGAAUUCAAGAAUCAAAUCAGCAUUGGAAAUUGCAAUGGAAAAGAAGAAGCCAAGAAAACAAUACACAUGUGGUAAUUGCAACCAAGUAGGGCAUAAUCGCAAGACAUGUACUCUAUAA